AUGGCUACGAUGUACUACACCAUACUGGCAAAUCUGGGUCCUGAAAAUAUUGAAAUAUCUUUUUCAUCAAUAGAAGAAUCCGUUUAUGGCUCUAAGGAAAAGUAUUUUGACUCUACUGAGCAUAUUCGAAGUUCAAUUAACAAAUUAUUGGGGGAAGGAACUGAUGGAGUUGAACCGACUUUUACAACUGACAGCCUUAAUUUUUCUAUUGAGGAAGAAUUUCACCUUGACGAUGAUGAAUCCAAUGGCACUGACAUUGACCUUAGUCUUAACAAUAAUAUUAAUAACGAUGAAGAUUGCUUGAGCGAAAUUUUUGAUAAAAACUUUUGUUUAAAAGAAGACGCAGUUGGUAUCAUUGAAAAGAUUUCGGCUAAUCACCAAUCAACAUUUUUGGAAAAAAACGAUCCACAGGAUAUGGAAACAACAAAGUCAAGCGUCUGCGAUACAGACAAAUCUCAUACUUUUGAACCCAAAACUUUUUCUGAAGAUGAAGUUUCUGAGCUUUUGUCUUCAGUUGUUAAGAUGAUUCUUCUUCGUUCUAAUAAGGCUUCUGAUAUUGGAAAGCUUCCAGCUAACAAAAUUAAGAAAAGAUAUGCCAAUGAUUUUUGGACUAGAGAACCCCAGUUAAGAACUCUUCGCAAAGGUUUUCUUCAAUACAUCAAGGACGAAAAAAAAUUGCAGGCACGUUUUUCUGUUCUUAAUAAUCUUUGUCUUAUGUUUGAGUGUAAUGAAAGUUUAUCAUUCAAACAAGCUUCUAAAUUUAUUUUAAGACUUUCAAAAGCUCAUGGUCAAUCUAGAACUUUUACUAAGGAGGUUCUGAGCAAGAUAGAAAAAAUUUGUUAUUUGACUUUCCAUACUGGAAAACUUGACCCAAAAUCUAAGCCAGUUCUUGCUUUUACUAGCGAUCCAAAAACAGCAAAAAAAGCAGGAAUUCUGUCUAAAAAGAAUAGUGCACUUAAAGGAUGUCCCCGUGCAACACCUGGAGAAAAUCUAAAAGAGUUGUUUCCUAAUGCAAAAUUUAUUGAUUUUCCCAAUGUCAAAAUGAUACGUCGUGGUGACUGGACUACAGGUGAUGAGGUUGUUUAUUUUUGCGCAAAUAGAUGUAUGGCCUUUACUGGUGCAUACUAUGAUUUGGCUGAAUGUAUUCAGUGUGGCCAUCCGCGUGAUCCAAUGUAUCGAUUUUAUUAUUUUUCACCUCGUGAAAAAGUCAGAGACUUUUUUGAAAAUAAGAUUUUGGCUAGGAUAAUGAAAGAUGCACAUAAGCGACAAAGUACUGACGGUUCAAUAGAGGAUUUUUUUGAUGGAAAGCUUUAUAAACUUCUUUCACAAAAAAAAAUUCAAAACGCUCAAUUAGGUGAAGAUUAUCAAGAAACUAUAUCGCUAAAGUAUUUUGAAAAUGAAACCGAUUUAGCAUUUAUGAUCUCAUUUGAUGGCGUACCUGUGGAGUUUGGAAAUAAUUCCUACAACAUUGUCGUUGCCAGAUGCUUAAAUUUACCACCGGAAGAGCGCAAUAAGCAGUCAAAUUCAAUAAUAUUAAUGUCUUUUCCUUCUGGUGUUAAUCCUAUUGCUAAAAAAGAGAAAUCCGCCGACUCCAAACCUCGUGAUAUUAAGUGGUAUAAUAAGAUUUAUAGAGAAGUCUUAAAUGAGGAAGCAAAAGCUGCCCCAGAUCGCAACAAAUUCACUAAACAGGGAGAUAUUGAAAAUCUAAACUUUUUGACAUUGCCUUUGCACACAUUGCGGCAUAUGGCCCAGGUGAUUCAAGAAGUUGGUCCAGUUAGAGCGAUAUGGUGUUUCGCAACUGAAAGAUCUUGCGGUAUAUUGAGAACUCAAAUAAAAUACGGAAAGGCCCCUCAUCUUACUCUUUCCAAUCGUUAUAUUUAUCAAUCAAUACUUAACAGUCUUUCCGGAUCAGUAUGCGAAUUUUCAAUUGGUGCCAAGUUGCCUAGGAACCUCAAAUAUAAGCCACAAACUGAGCUAGAAAUAACAAGGCAAAUUGAAGUUACUGAAAUGAUCAUGAAAUAUCUUGAAAAUGAUGAGCGAAGUCUGGAAGCUUGUGGUGGAUCCCAUAAUAUUAAGGCUAAGUUUUACAAAAGGAUCCUUUUUUUUCAAAGAGACCUUUCUGCGUACAUUAACAAGUAUGCACGGAUCAAAAAUAAAAACAACUCUUCUAGUCAUGUAAUGAUUGAAGAUAUUGUUGAAAUUGACUCUUUGGGUCCAGGAAUUCCCACCAAGUUUGCUGUGGUAAAGGAAUUUCAAAUUGGUGUUGUGAAGCCUCGCAAUUACAAACUGCAAUUUUUUGGAAACAGUGAUAAUAAUAGUGGCUAUUCGAUUAUUGGUUAUUAUAUUGACAAUAAAGACUUUGUUCGUGAGCCUUCAAAAUUUUUUUCACCACUCUCUCGUGUUAUCGAAGUUAGAGAUGUUAUAUGCCCAGUUUGGCCCAUUAAUGAUGGAGAGUUAUCGAUAUUUGUAGAUCCAUCAUUUGUGGAAGAAUACAAAAGAAGCGAUGGUACAAUAGCCAGAAUUGAGGAAUAUGAUGAUGAGGAGGAUUUCAAUCAUGUUUGUAAGCAGUACACGAAUAUUUAA